UUGACCUGAUCGACACACUAGACUCUGCAUGGCGUAUCCAGAGCACUUUCGAGGCUGGCUGCUAAAGUGGACCAACUACAUCAAGGGCUACCAGAAGAGAUGGUUCGUCCUCUCCAAUGGACUCCUCUCCUACUACAGGGCCCAGGAGGAGAUGGCCCACACAUGCAGAGGUACAGUCAACUUGAGCGGAGCCUUCAUUGACAACAUUGACUCCACCAACUUUGUCAUCACCAAUGGACCUCAGGUAUACUAUCUCCGUGCUAGUAGUGAGGUGGAGAGACAGAGAUGGGUGACUGCUCUCACUCUCGCCAAAGCCAAGGCCGUCAAAGACCUGGAAUCUGAGAGUGAUGGGGAGGGGGAGAUGGUGGUGGUGAGAGAGGUGGGAGGAGGAGAGAGAGGGAGAGACGAGGGGAUGACACAGCUGAGGAAGAAGAUGAAGGAACUGAGUGCAGCCCAUGAUGUAAUCGUCAGGAACAGUCAGGUGCUACUGAAGCAGAUCACGACAGAGGUGGAGGGAUCAGGGUCUGGUCAUCUGGACCCAACUCUGAAGGAAAACCUCAGUCUAUUCCGUCUCAUUGCUGACGCCAUGGUCAAGGCCUCAGAGGGCUACCUACUGCAGGCCCGGAGUGUGGAGAAGAGAUGGCGGAGGGACAUGCAGAGCGAGCGCGACCUGAGACUGAGGCUGCAGGAGAACAUGGAGACAAUGGCCAACCAGAUACAUGGUCUCGAGAACGACGCCAAGCGCUCCGUGGGUGGUGGUGGGCGGGGCCACCGGUCCGCAAGUCAGGGGUCACGAGAGGUCGUCUUGUCACCCUCUGCUGCCACUGACACUGGUAGAGGUGAGUCAGUACAAGAGAGAGGCAGAGACACCUGUGUGGGUGGUGAGGAGGGGGAGAGGGGAGGGGAGGGAGAGGAGGAGAUGUUCUUUGAUGCCCACGAGAUAUCAGCGGAGGAGUGGGCAAAGGCAACGAGGGCAGAGUUCACGAGCCAGUCCUCUACUGGAUCGGGGAGGAUUGAGGGACCCAUGUCUGGAGCUGAUGAUAGACCUCCUUUCAAUGAGACGUCUAUGGAAGAUGUGGGUACCUUCUCCAAGGUGCCCCAGAGUUUCCAUGACAGGCUGGAUGCCACCCUCCCUAUCAGACGGACGACCAUUCCUCCCAAGCCCAACGUCAGCUUCAAUCUCUGGAGUUUUGUCAAGAACAGUGUUGGCAAAGACCUCACCAAACUACCCAUGCCUGUAAGUAUCAACCAGCCCCUGUCGUUUCUCCAGAGAAUGGUCGAGGACCUGGUUUAUGCCGACUCACUCUCGGCGGCAGUGGCCGGCGAGGGAACAUUAGAGGAGCUGACUCACGUGGCGGCCUUUGCCUGCUCUGUGUACGCCCAGACCUCCUCCAAUGCUAUCACUAAACCGUUCAACCCUCUGCUGGGAGAGACUUUUGAGUGUGACCGCCGGGCUGAGAGUGGCUGGAGAUGCCUUCUGGAACAAGUAAGUCACCAUCCUCCGAUGUUUGCGAUGCAUGUGGAGCACAAGGACUGGACUCUGUGGGAGGAGUACACAGUGGCCUCCAAAUUCAGAGGAAAGUAUGUCGCCUGCUACCCCAUCGGGAUAACCCACCUCAUCUUCCAUCGUAAUGGCAGCCACUAUACGUGGACCAAAGUGGUGACCACUGUUCACAACAUCAUCAUAGGCAACAUGUGGAUAGAUCAGUCAGGUCCAAUGAAGGUGACUAACCACAAGACAGGAGAAGAGGCUGUACUCAACUUCCAUGCCUAUGCCUACUUCACCAGAGAGAGACAGAGAAAGGUGACUGGUACUGUUAAAGAUGGAUCUGGAGUUACCCACUAUAAGGUGAAUCAUGCAACUUACACUCUUGCGCCCUCCUUCAUAAAAUUCUCUGUGACUAGUGGAGCAAAGAUGUAUAUAUACGGGGAUAGGGAUGGUGUCGUGUAGUUUGUGCAUAUACAGUUUUCUAUAUCUUUGCUGUGUUCUAACUACCCCUUGUUUCUUCCCUUUUGGAACUUCAAGCAAUACCUAUAUCCCCAUUUCCCCCCCACUUUUUCUCCCUGUGUUCUCUUUGUGACUGUUCAGAUCCAGGGCUACUGGGAUGAGUAUCUGGAGGUCACUCAUGUGGUGGUGGGAGAGGAGAAUAGAGCUACUCCCAGACCUCUAUGGAGAGCCAUUCCUCACAGGCCAGGGAGCGAGGCAAUGUAUGGGUUCUCGGAGUUUGCCUGUGGUCUCAACGAGCCAGAAGAGGGCGUGGCACCCACAGACUCUCGGCUCCGACCCGACCAGCGGAUCAUGGAGAAAGGAGAUUUCGACACCGCCAACAACGAGAAGUUGAGACUGGAGGAGAAGCAGAGGGCCAAGCGUCGAGAGAGGGAAGAGGCAGUCGCCAGAGCAGCUGCAGCGGCGGCUGACGGGGACCACGAGGAGGCAACGAGACUGGAGCGAGUCGCCACCUACUCCCCUCUCUGGUUCAGGAAGGAGUUUGACUCUGUCACCAACUCCAUGAUGCACAUGUACCGCGGGGGCUACUGGGAGGGAAAGAACGGUGGCUGGAGGGGGGCGGAGUUUCCCGACAUCUUCUGAUACUGCUAUAAUACAAUAUUCUGUGCCAGCUCAUAUUAUUAUAACAUCCAUACUUUAUAGUAUGUCUACUGCUGUGUUUCAUUCAGCCCGCCUGAUUUCCAAUCCAUGCCAAUGUACUAUAUUUACUGCUUCUUACUUUCUAUCAGCUUGUAACACAUGACUGGCCAUCAUAAUUAUCUCAUUCAUUAUUAUCUCAUACAUAAUUAUCACAAUAGGUUUUUUCAUUCACUUAUAGUUUUUACAGGUGUAGCUACUCCAAUAUUAUUUAUAUACCAUGUCAGGAAAAAAACAACUGUUUGUUCAUCGGCUAUAAUUAUAUAUAAUGUUACAGCGACUCGCUGCUUUCGCAUAGUCAUUGUACACGCAUGCACGCCAAACA